AGACAUCUUCCCUGCCGCUUCCGGCGAUUUAUUAUACGGUCAUCCCAGAAAGAGGAAGGCAGGCCUGCCACGGAAGAGAGCCGGGAGCAUGCCGCCCAUGGUGCGCACGAGGAGCACCACCGCUGUCCCCGUCCACGCCGCUGGCGGCGGGGAGCUCCCGGACCCCGGCCGGGUUGUCCCGCUGUCCCCGUUCGACGCGUUCUGGGUGUCACUGCCCCCAGUCCGCCGCGUCUUCCUCUUCCGCUCCCUGCCCGGCGUCCCGUUCUCGGACGUCGUCGGCACCCUCAGGUCCUCACUCGCGCAAGUGCUCCCAGCCUUCCACCCCUUCGCCGGCUCACUCACGUACUCGCCGGACUCGCGCGCUGUGUCGAUCGUCCUCCCCGACGAGUGGGAGGGCUUCCCAUGCGGCGGCGUCACGUUCGUCGAGGCCGAGGCGGACCUCGAUUUCGAGCGGCUCGUUGAGGAGGCGGAAGAACACGACCAGGACGCUCUCGGACAGCUUGUCCCGGACAUCCGCCGCGACCAGCUCCCGGCGCCCGUGAUGGCUGCUCAGGUGACGGAGUUCGUCGGUAGCGGCGGUGGCGUGGCACUAGGGGUGGCCGUGCACCAUACUGCGGCGGACGGGCGUGGCAUUUGGCGGUUCUUGGAUAUGUGGGCGGCGACCGCGGCCGGUGUUGAGGAUGGAGGGGUACGGGCUGAGCCGGCACCGCUUCACGAUCGGAGGCUGGUGCAGUUCCACGGCGACGAAGAGCUCGUCAGGUUGUUCUUGCUGCAAGUUGCCCCGAACUUGCCCACGAUUGCUCCGAAGCAGGAUCCGGUGCUGGACACCCGGCGUCGCCUCAGCCGGCGAACCUUCACCUUCGCCGCGUCCGCGGUGCAGCGUCUCAAGCAGAGGCUCGCGUCCGCGGCGAACAUCGGCACGGCGCCAUCCACCUUCGCCGCCCUGGCGGCGCACGGGUGGGUGUCCAUCGCGCGCGCCAGCGGCUUCGCCGACGACGCCCCGGUGUACGUCGUCUUCCUCGCGGACUGCCGCGCCUACAUGUCGCCCCCGGUGCCGAACGCCUACGCCGGCAACUGCGUCGCGCUCUGCACGGCCUCGCUGAGCGGUUCGGUGCUCUCGGGGCCGGACGGGCCCGCGCGGGCGCUCCUGGCUGUCAGGGAGGCCGUCGCGGAGGCGAAGCGCGACCCGCUCCGCGACCGCGCACGGUGGUUGGCAAAGUUCAUGGCCAUCCCGCCCGGCCGCGCGGUCGUCCUGGUGGGGUCGCCGUGGUUCCCCGCGUACGGGCUGGACUUCGGGUUCGGGAGGCCGGCGAGGGUGGAGCUGGAGUCCAUGAACAACGACGGCGAGAUGGUGCUUGUCGCCGGGAGGGAGGCUGGCUCGGUGCAGGCGUCUGUGGCGAUUGCCGCGGGGAAGAUGCUGGCAUUCCGCGACAAGUUCAUGGUUGAAUGAGCAUCCGCGUACGACCGUGCUCUGGUGAUUUACUGAUUUUCAGUAAGUAGAUAUGCUGAAUAUAUGAUCUGCAAAUAAUCGAUAGUCUUAGGUCAAGAUAUGGCCUGGAGACUCUUGUAUGUAUGCUCAUGCAGCUCAUCUGUGAACCAUAUCCGAUCCAACAAUAGUCUGUAUUUCUUUUCUCUACGCGAAACAUGGGAUCUUUAUGCUGGGAGGUCCACCGGUGGAUUCGUACUAAA